CCUACCGGUCCCAUCCUUAAAGCACGAGUUCCGACGCCCCGCCUGCUGGGAGCGGGCGCCGGGAUCGGGGCAGCGAACCGCCGGGGCAGGCCAGGGCCUACCGAGGAGGGCCCGAGAUCACGGAGCCGCCGCGGCUGGCACGCGAGCGUUUCGGUGUGUGGGAGCUGCGAGGGCAGGGGUCCCGGGCGCCAUUGCUGGCCGUCAGCCGCCCGGACCUCGUCUGCCUUCAGCGGCGCUUCUCCGGCCGAGAGGAGGCAUAGCUUGGGGCCGUCGCCACCCCCCUGGCCCGGUGUCGUGAAUUGUGUGCCUGAUCUACUGCCCGCGUCGGGCCGCCGGGGCCGAGACCAUGUUUGACAAGACGCGGCUGCCGUACGUGGCCCUUGAUGUGCUCUGCGUGUUGCUGGCUUCCAUGCCUAUGGCUGUUCUAAAUUUGAGCCAAAUAAAUCCAUUUCAGAGAGGCUUUUUCUGUAAAGACAACAGCAUCCAGUAUCCGUACCAUGACAGUACCAUCACAUCCACUGUCCUCUCCAUAGUGGGGCUUGGUUUACCCAUUUCCUCUAUGAUUAUUGGAGAAGCACUGUCUGUUUAUUAUAACCUCUUGCACUCGAAUUCCUUUAUCAGAAAUAACUACAUAGCCACUAUUUACAAAGCCAUUGGAACAUUUUUAUUUGGUGCAGCUGCUAGUCAGUCCCUGACUGACAUUGCCAAGUAUUCAAUAGGCAGACUGCGGCCUCACUUCCUGGAUGUAUGUGACCCAGACUGGUCAAAAAUCAACUGCAGUGUUGGUUACAUUGAAAACUACAUAUGUCGAGGGAAUGCACAAAAAGUGAAGGAGGGCAGAUUGUCUUUUUACUCGGGCCACUCUUCGUUCUCCAUGUACUGCAUGCUCUUCGUGGCACUUUACCUUCAAGCCAGGAUGAAGGGAGACUGGGCAAGACUCUUACGCCCCACACUGCAAUUUGGUCUUGUUGCUGUGUCCAUUUACGUGGGCCUCUCCCGAGUUUCUGACUACAAACACCAUUGGAGCGAUGUACUGACUGGACUCAUUCAAGGAGCCCUGGCUGCAGUAUUAGUUGCAGUGUACGUAUCCGAUUUCUUCAAGGAGAGAAACUCUCCUUUUAAAGAAAGGAAAGCGGAGGACUCCCAUACAACUCUGCACGAGACACCGACGGCAGGGAAUCACUUUAGGAACAGUCACCAACCUUGAAGGUAGAUAAAGCUGGCCCGCUUUCUAAAGGAAAAGGAUUGCAACUCGAAGAGGAUGUGUUUUCUUCAUGGUGUACAAACCUUUAAGGGACUGCUGCUGCUAUACCUCUUGGAUGCCCACUUCACCUGUGUGUAUAUAGUUACAUUUAGCACCAUGGUUCUCUAAUAGCGCUAAGUUCAUUAAAAAAAAUUUCAAGCCUUUCACUAAAACAAUGCCCACCUGUACAUUUUUUAUUAAAAAAAUGUAAUGCUUAUGUACAAAUGUGUAUGUAAUAAUAUGCUUUCUUAGAUUGAUGCCUGAUUGAAGUAUGAUACAUAUUAAAAUGUUUGUUUUGAGUACAACUGCCUUGAGAUGGGAGAACCAAAUCCACACUCCUGUAAGCAUUUGUAGUCAGCUGUAAUCAGGUGGUGUAAAAUUUAAAACCCCACAUUCGUUUAGCUGACUCUUUAUAAGUAGAGGCUGGCGGCAAACACAAUAUCCCUCUUGAUUUUGGUGAUUCCUAAGAGAAAAGAAAAGAUGGUUUAAACUUCCAAGACCACAAAGAUUGUAAUUCCCCUGCGGGGGGAAUGUAUGAUCUCGAUCAUACAAAACCUUGCUGGUCUAAAAGAGGAGUUCACAGGCCCCUCUGAGAGGAGAGGAGGAGAACUUAGAAACCAGACUCCUGCUGUUAUGACUCUGGACUCAGAAGUACCCCGUGGCCCUGUGUGUGUGCAGGGCCGUGACAGGGUCUCUGACUAUGCACAAUGACCCAGUGAGGGAAGGACUAAACCGUCAAAAGUAGUUAGCUGACCCAAAAGCAUGAAGUUUCAGCCUACUUCAGGAGACACUUUAUUUUCACUUACCACGUGAGAUUCUUCCUGGACUAAGGGAGGACAAACAUAAAUUUCAUUAUUUAAUAAGUUUACAUAACUAAACUUAAACUCUGGUUGAUUAAAUAGGUCUGCCCCAUCAACUAUAUGGAAACAGUACCCAGUUUCUGCACACCUCUUCUAAGGACACUGUUUAGCAGAAAUCAUUAGGGGCUGUGACUACAUGAGCAACUAACAGCGACAAGGUGGCCGCUAUUCUUUGAUGUGUUAACUCACAGCCCUUUUUCUUGGCAAAUAUUUAGACGGAACAAACUGUAAGCAUGUCAUAUACUCGCUCCGGCCCCCUGCCCGCCUCCAUUACUACCACCUUGGACUGGCCAUCCUUUUCUGGUCUUCCUACUUCCACCUCGCUCAUCUACAGACUUCCCUACAAUGCAACAGCAGGAACUGCCAGAGCACAGCACUCCUGGGGUCAAAAUCUCCAAUCAUUUCAGGAAAAAGCUGGGAGCUGGGGGGUAACAUGAUCAUCUCUUUUCUCCCUCCUACUAUUCUACUCACUGGUCUCUGACUGUUGCUUACAUCUACCAAGCACACAUGGAAGGGCCUCGAUACCACCUUCCGAGUGGGGGCCCUAGGCCAUCUCAUCUCUCAAUUCCUGUUGUCUCUUUCUUUUCCUGUAGACUUAUCACCACCUGAAAUACUUUAAUUGUUGGCUUGUUUAUUGCAUGUCUCCCCACACUAGAAUGUAAGCUCCAUGAAGGCAGGGAUUUGUGGGGUUUUUUGUUCACUGCUGUAACUCCUGGUGCUUAAAACCAUGCCUGCACAUAAUAUACAAUAAAUAUUUAUAAAUGAUUACAUCUAAAAA